CCGCGAUAGCCCCCUGUUCGAUUUCAUCGAGAGCUGCCUGAGAAACAAGCACGAGAUGGUGGUCUAUGAAGCUGCAUCUGCCAUCGUUAACCUGCCCAACUGCACUGCCAAAGAGCUGGCUCCGGCUGUCUCAGUUUUGCAGCUGUUCUGCAGCUCCCCGAAAGCAGCGCUGAGAUACGCAGCCGUCCGUACCCUCAACAAGGUGGCCAUGAAGCACCCAUCUGCUGUGACUGCCUGUAAUCUAGACCUGGAGAACCUUGUGACCGACUCCAACCGCAGCAUAGCCACCCUGGCCAUCACCACGCUGCUGAAAACGGGCAGUGAGAGCAGCAUUGACCGGCUCAUGAAGCAGAUCUCCUCUUUCAUGUCAGAAAUCUCAGAUGAGUUCAAAGUUGUAGUGGUGCAGGCCAUCAAUGCUCUGUGUCAGAAGUACCCUCGCAAGCACGCCGUCCUCAUGAACUUUCUCUUCACUAUGCUUCGGGAAGAGGGUGGCUUUGAAUACAAGCGAGCCAUCGUGGACUGCAUCAUCAGCAUCAUUGAGGAGAACUCGGAGAGCAAAGAGACAGGCCUGUCUCAUCUCUGUGAAUUCAUUGAGGACUGCGAGUUCACUGUGCUGGCCACCCGUAUCCUCCACCUUUUGGGGCAGGAAGGGCCCAAAACGAACAACCCCUCCAAAUACAUCCGCUUCAUCUACAACAGGGUUGUCCUGGAGCACGAAGAAGUCCGGGCAGGUGCUGUAAGUGCCCUGGCCAAGUUUGGAGCACAGAAUGAGGAGAUGUUACCCAGUAUCUUGGUGUUACUGAAAAGGUGUGUGAUGGAUGAUGACAACGAAGUGAGAGACAGAGCCACCUUCUACCUGAAUGUUCUGGAGCAGAAGCAGAAAGCCCUCAAUGCUGGCUACAUCCUGAAUGGUUUGACGGUGUCCAUCCCUGGCCUGGAGAGGGCUCUGCAUCAGUACACCCUGGAACCCUCUGAGAAACCCUUUGACUUGAAAUCUGUUCCUUUGGCAACAGCUCCUAUCGUCGAGCAAAGAGCAGAAAAUGCCCCUGUUACCGUACAGCCAGAGAAGGUGGCAGCGACACGGCAAGAAAUAUUCCAAGAGCAACUGGGGGCAAUCCCGGAGUUCCGGGGACUGGGCCCACUCUUCAAGUCUUCUGCAGAGCCUGUCGCCCUGACAGAGCUGGAAACGGAGUAUGUGGUUCGUUGCACCAAGCACACAUUUGUCAGCCACAUGGUGUUCCAGUUUGACUGCACGAACACCCUGAAUGAUCAGAUCCUGGAGAAUGUCACGGUGCAGAUGGAGCCAACAGAGGGGUAUGAGGUCAUUGGCUAUGUACCUGCCAAAACCCUGAUGUACAACCAGCCAGGUACCUGCUACACGCUGGUGGCACUGUCUGAAGAGGAUCCAACAGCAGUGGCCUGUACCUUCAGCUGCAUGAUGAAAUUCACUGUCAAGGACUGUGAUCCAAACACGGGUGAGACGGAUGACGAAGGUUACGAGGAUGAGUAUGUGCUUGAAGACCUGGAGGUAACCGUGGCAGAUCACAUCCAGCGAGUUCUGAAGCCAAACUUUGGAGCAGCCUGGGAUGAAGUGGGUGACGAGUAUGAAAAGGAAGAGACCUUUACUUUAUCUGCUAUUAAAACCCUGGAAGAGGCAGUCAGCAAUAUUGUGAAGUUCCUGGGGAUGCAGCCCUGUGAGCGGUCGGAUAAAGUACCAGAUAACAAGAACUCUCACACACUGUACCUGGCAGGUGUGUUCCGGGGUGGCCACGACCUCCUGGUCCGCUCUCGUCUGGUCCUGACCGACACCGUGACGAUGCAGGUCACCGCCCGCAGCGGAGAGGAGCUCCCCGUGGAUGUGAUCAUGGCUUCU